CAGUUGUUAUGGCUGACUAGCCGAUAAAUCAUUUUGUUUCAAAAUUCUAGUAGUACAAUUACAAAUUAACAUUUCGCUACUUUUAACACCUAAGUGCAUCGUCCGCCGCAAAAUAUUUACAACGAAACUGUUAAUUAACCAAACGAUAUUUGUUUUUAUUGCGUCAUGACACACGGGCCUUGACUGGACAUCAAGGUUUAACCAAGUGGAUUGUUGCGCCAAAGAAUUGGAUCUUUUUAAACGUUGGAAGAACAGUGUUAUUGAAGGUGAAUGGUAUACACGCGCCUCGAACUCAAGACAGUAACAAAUUAAUAUAAUGACAAGUGUAAGGUGUACUCUGAUCUCCGCGGGGAAAUAUGCCCUCGCUGCCCGAACUCCAAAAUACCAGCUCGGUAUGCUCUCGGCCCUGUAUGUCCCUCAUCACCACCACCAAUCUUCGCAUCACAAAUGUCUGUCCACCUCGGUGACUCUGUCGAAAACGGCGGGAUCGACGGAACCACCAACGAAUACGGGCGGCACCACGCCACCGCCCUCCAAAACCACCGGCGGCACAACCACGAGUGAUGGAGGCGGCGGCAAGAGCAAGAACACGCUCUCGUGUCCAAAAUGCGGCGACCCCUGCACCCACGUCGAAACGUUCGUCAGUUCGACUCGUUUCGUUAAGUGCGAGAAGUGUCACCACUUUUUCGUAGUGUUGAGCGAGGUCGACAGCAAGAAGAAGGAAGGUGUGGAUGCGAAAACGGGACAAUUCAGGAAGCCGCCUCCACCUCCCAAGAAGAUUUACGACUAUUUGAACAAGCACGUCGUCGGUCAAGAUUUUGCCAAGAAGGUAUUAUCAGUAGCUGUAUAUAAUCAUUAUAAAAGAAUAUAUAACAAUAAUCCCGGUAGUACAAACACUAGGCAAGAUAUGGCGGUCAUGGAACAAGGUCCCCAUCAAAACUUUUCACAUAGAGAUCUUCUCCAUAUAACAGGCAUGGGCCACGGAUCAAUGGGUGUUAAUUUCGGUUCAGCAAGCGAAUCAACGAUGACAAGCGCUAGUAGAAGUGCAGCCGGCUCAGAAAUCUUAGAUAAAACGUCAUAUGAACUAAAAUUAGAAAAAAGUAAUAUUUUACUAUUAGGACCAACCGGUUCAGGUAAAACCUUAUUAGCCCAGACAAUAGCUCAAUGUUUAGAUGUGCCUUUCGCGAUCUGUGAUUGUACGACGCUCACCCAAGCUGGCUACGUUGGCGAAGACAUCGAAAGCGUAAUAGGCAAGUUGCUCCAGGAUGCCGGGUAUAGCGUGGACCGGGCACAAAUCGGCAUCGUGUUUUUGGACGAAGUGGACAAAAUUGGUGCCGUGCCCGGCAUUCACCAAUUAAGAGACGUAGGCGGCGAAGGUGUACAACAAGGUAUGCUAAAGAUGUUGGAAGGUACAGUGGUAAAUGUUCCUGAAAGAAACUCACCGAGGAAAUUACGAGGUGAAACGAUCCAGGUCGACACCACCAAUAUACUGUUCGUCGCCAGCGGUGCUUACAACGGUCUAGAAAGGCUUAUUCAGCGUAGGAAUAACGAAAAUUAUUUAGGUUUUGGGGCGCCUUCAUCGGCGGGUCAAGGUAGAAGGGCUGUGGCGCAGGAAGCAACGUUACACCAGUCGUCACAAACAGCCCAAGAAGAAAACAUGGAGAAAGAUUCUGCUUUAAAACAAGUGCAAGCUAGGGAUCUCAUUGAUUUUGGAAUGAUUCCAGAAUUUGUGGGUAGAUUCCCCGUCCUCGUUCCGUUCCACAGUCUCGAUCAAAAGAUGCUCGUCAGAAUUCUAACUGAACCUAAAAACGCCUUAAUUCCGCAGUAUCAAAGACUUUUGGCUAUGGAUCAGUGUGAACUAACAUUCACACCUGAAGCUCUGAACGCCAUCGCUACUUUAGCCAUGGAAAGAAAAACUGGUGCAAGAGGUCUAAGAGCCAUAAUGGAAUCCUUAUUAUUGGAACCUAUGUUUGAAGUCCCUGGAUCAGGAAUAGCAAACGUUCAUGUCACCGAAGAAUAUGUGAGAGGCGAAGCCGGUCCGAUUUAUUCAGACAAGAGCUCCGACGCGCAAUCGGGAGCAGAACGAUCUGAGGAAGAUGACUUAAAUACAUCCAUUAGGAACCUGUUUCCUAGUCUCCAACUCAGAAACUAAAAGAAGUGCAGACCAAGUUGAUAAAUACAAUUUUAUGUUUAAUUUCCAAUGUUUUAUAUGAAUUAUACAUAAGGUGUAACAAACAAAUACAAAUGUAAUUGUACAAAAAUGUGAAUAUAGUAUUAAUUUUAUAAUA